GGUGGGUCUACCUAUCCCAGGAGAUGGAAAAUGCAAUGGUAAUAGGAUUAGGACUGGGAACAACACCGGACCAGUUGUUUAGACAAGCGGAAUGAGAAGUGGUAUGGGCGGCAUGUCAACAGGCGAAAAUGGAAAUGGACAAGUAGAGGUGCGAGUGGAGCUCGGGGAUAGGGGAAACAUGAGACGACCUCUUAGGACGAUGACGUGCGUGCUACCUCCAUUUCUGGUGGUUGCGGUUUUUGAGACCACGGAUAGAUUGGAACAAAUAUGCCGCUCUAUGGCACACCUGAGGCUGUACCAGUGCGCUCGACAGGACUUCUUUAGAUUGUCGGUAGAAAUGGGGCCAUUCGGAGGUAACUGGGCGAAGGAAUUAGCUGAGAUAUUGAACCUCUACGGCACGGACGAUGUCUUUGUCCCUAGCCCAGUGCAUUGGCGGAUAGUCUAUCGAGAUGUGGCGAUGGGAGAGACCUACCUAGAAGGACUGAAGGACUUGUUCUUUGAUGGGGAGGAUGAUUUCAGGCAGAACCCGAUGUGGCUCCUAGGGGACGCGGAGGCAAGGGCUCGGCAGGCAGGUGAGAAGUUUGCCAACAAAGGGUGGGAUGGGGUCAGCAGUAAGGUCGUGAUGGGGGGAUGGAAGGAGUUUAGGCCCCCUUGCCUACAAGUCAAGACUUGGGUACCCGAGUUCGUGGAUGACCGGUUUGGGGGCUUUGAUCACGUCACGGAAGUGGCUAGCACUAUGGAGCGGAUACACUUAGUGUGGCAGGCAGGAUUCGAAUUCGCGGACCCGGAAGUUGAUGACAUGACGGCGAACCUUAGAGUAGCCAUGGCCGGGAGUUUCCAUUUGCCUAGUGAGAACAUUCGGAUGAGAUUGCCGCCCUUUUUACUACAAAGGCUAGGCGGACUGGAGCUUGUCAGAUGGGUUGUAGCCGACCUCGCCGACCUGACGUUUGAAGACGCGGUGGUCCACCGAGAAUACUACCGGGCCAUCCUAGAAAUGGGGUCGUUCAACGAUGAACAGAGGGUAGGUAAAGGGAUGACGUCAGAAGAGGAGGCCGAAGGGCUGCAGAGCAAAGGGAGUCAGGACACGGAUAGAGGCGGGGAACGGAACGAAGGGUCGAUAAGGGACCGAGAGUCGGCAAAGCCAGAAGGGACUAGGGAGGAUGGGAAGAACCUUUCGACAGGGGAAAGUUCGGGGAAAACCGGGGGUAGCAAGAGAGGACCCCAGGAAAAUAAGGGAGAAAGGGGCAACGACAGGUCGAGUCCUCGGAACUCGGAGGGGACCACGCCCAAGAAAACGAAAGUCUCGAACGCACGUCGUAAGCUGGCAAAAAUCGAAAAGCGAACCGCAGAAUAUAAGGCGAGGCUUAUCGAAGAGAUGAUGGCUGGGAACGAAAGAGACCUUCUGGGAGAAGGGUCACGAGAGGAACGCAGGGCCAGUCAGGGCGAAGUCCGGCACGGAGGGAAGGAUAAUAGCCAUAGAGGAACACCCAGUAAGAAAGGGAAGGAAAAAGGGGACUCCUCGUCCGUAGAGGCAGAAAAAGCUACGACCCCGCCGGCUAUCGACAACGGUGCUAGCCGUCUGCCCGCCACGCCGAAAGUAACGAAGGGGUGCGAUGGACUUUGGAGUCUUAGAGAGAGGGUGUUAGGAUGGUUUGAUCCGGAGGGUACGCCAAAGGCCGGAGAAAAGCAGAGGGAUAGCAAGGAAGGAGAAGGGACCAGUACGGUCGGUGAAGCGGGGAGCUCUGAAGGGGGGCUCAAGAGGAUAGUAGCCACCCUCACUCGGGCGCUGAAUAAAAAUCAGGGGUAUCUUGCGGAUGCCAAGAAGAAACUUACUUUCGAUGGGACAAAUAUUACGGAGUUCCUGAUAGACUACGAGAACUUGGCAGCCUUGCUGAAAUGGACUGAGGAAGAUAAGAUUGACCACUUAGGGCAGCAUGUGUCGCUAAGCCUAGGAAGGGACAUUAUGGCUAUUGUCGCCGCUAGUGGAUCUUGGAAAGAGCCCCGAAACGAGAUGAUGAGGAAAUACCUGAAGGCAGAGAAAAUGGCGACAGAAGCUGAGUUGGCAGCGGUCCAAAGGAAGAACUAUGCGACUUACAAUGACUUCAGGUAUUGCACAAUGACCGGACAUUUCGUACAAACUUGUCCCAGACUCAACCACGAUAUUAUGAGGCAAAGAUUCAGCAGGUACAUUAAGGGUGAAAUUUUCGGGCCUCAGGGAGAACGCAUAAACUGGAAUUCGCCAAGAGGGAUGCGGUGUGCCGUCAUCAUCCUGAAUAACCUGGAUAUAACUGUCGUAGAAGCCAAGUCGGUAGCUGACAUUGUUUGGGACCAACCGAGGGGACGCGGACCACAAGUCAAUUUCAUCUUAGAAGGUAAUGGACAGGAUAGGGUGAACAUCACCACCCGGCGGGCAGGGGCGGAAAAUAAACUCAUCCGAGAUACGGUAAUGGAAGAGGUCGCGGGGACUAGCGCAAAUCAAGGUGAAACCGAAACCGAGGAGCCCGAGAAAGUUUACAGAAAGGCAAGGGAAGAGGAACCGAUAGACAAAGCGAUGGCGGCAAAAAAUAAAUUCAGGUACCAGAUUCCGAUUCUGACUAUGCCAGAACUCGACGAUACACUCAACGAACUGCUAGGUACCAUGGUAUCUGUGUCCUUUCAGACCAUGUUGCAAGCAAGCCCGAGAUUGCUUAAAGGACUCAGGCAAUUACUGACACGCCCACGCGUAGAGGUAGAGGAGGCCCCGGAACCACAGGAGCAGGAAACGGAGGAGGCUGAGGCACCGCAAGGGGUCUCCAACCUCCAGAGAAUUCCAGGGGAUCUAGAGGAUCUGGAAAAGGCUUUUGCGGACAUCCGCCUAAGCCUACCGGACCGAGAAGGUGGUGAAGUCAUGAGGGCACCACCCGGGACGAAACUUAGCUUCCAUGCAUUGCCCGUAGGAAAGCUGAAAGUCCAGAUCGGAACCCACCACACAGACGCAUUAGUGGACGGUGGUGUGGAAAUUACCCUCAUACGACGAGACUUCACAACAAUUACGGGCUGCACAGUAAACAAGGAAGUGACGGGGAGUAUCCGGGGCGCCGGCGGGGAAAUCCCCUUCGCAGGGUACGUUACGAAAUGCUCAGUCAAGGCAGGAAUCAGGGAAUCCAUCUGGUCUUUCCAGCAGAUGACCGUAAUGGAAGAAAUGAACCAUGACAUAAUUCUCGGGAGACCGUGGUGCGCCAACGUAGAGAUGAUAGGUAUGCGUUUGCAUGAUGGCACGUUCAUGGUGGAUAUAGAGGACCCCGUGACCGGCCGCGGAGAACUCCUCCGACUCCUUGGGACCGGAGGGGAUCCGCCGAAGGGAAAGUUGGCAACCUGGUCGCCAACGUUCGAAGACAGUGCGCGAAAAGGGGCAUUCGCCCGGAUGGAAGGAAUGAGGGAAAAAGUGGAGAUCAUGAUUGAGGAGGCCUUUAGCAAAAAGGAGUGGAUCAAGAUGGGGCUACCACUAAAGAAAAGGAGACAAGAGGACGAGGUUCUAAGGGUUAUGGUGGCAGAGAAGGAGUCGGAAGUCGAACUUGGGGCCAGCCUGCCCAAACCAAAGGAAGAUUGGAAGGAAAUGUCGGAGGUAGUGCUCGAAAUCCCAGACUUAUUACAACUCGUUAAGGCUAUCAAGUUCCACAAAGUGGGGGUGGAGCCGGCAACGCUUGCCAAAUUUGAAGAUGAGGUCCGAAAAGGCUAUUGUCUGAACGGAAAGAAAGGCCAAUUAGACGCAAAGCUAAUUUAUCCCGUUAGGAUCCACACAGUGGAACACGAAUGUUGGAAUGACAAGGGGCAUGCCUACGAGUUCGGAAUAGCGGCGGAAGUCACUGAAUUGCUCAGAGCCAAGAUAGACUCGUUCGUAGCCGAACCCACCGCAUCCCCUUACACGAACAAGUGGUUUGUUUUUCGGAAGCCCAACAAGAUGCUCAGAUGGAUCCAGGACUUGCAGAAGCUCAAUGCGGUGACAAUUCGGGACGAGGGGUCGCUCCCACAGGCCGACCUACUGGCCGAAUCCCACGCGGGCCGAAGCAUUUACUCCUUGAUAGAUCUGUACUCAGGAUAUGACCAACCGCCGCUCGACGCGAGGGAUAGACCGUACACCGACAUGCACACCCCUAUAAGGCAGCUGCAGAUGCAAGUGACCCCUAUGGGCUUCACAAACGCCGUGGCAGAAGCACAAAGGAGGAUGCUCGCCAUUGCGGGGGACAUGUUCCCGGAAAAAUGUGAGUCGUACAUAGACGACAAUCCCACAAAAGGCGCGCAGAUCAAGGAUGAGACAGAGGUCCAGCCGGGCAUGCGAAAGUUCGUCUGGGACCACCUACAGGAUAUCAAGGACCUACUUCAGCGGUUCUUAGUAUAUAAUAUUACCGCAAGCGGACCCAAGAGCAUCCUGGCAGUCCCAGAAGUGACCAUACUGGGGUUUCGCUGUGGGGCCUAUGGAAGGAAGCCAGACCCGGCAAAAAUGGAUAAGAUCUCUCAAUGGCCGACACCGCUGCGCACCACAACGGAAGCACGAGCCUUCCUAGGGAUGGUUGGAUUCUGGAGGAUCUUUGUUAAGGGUUUUGCCAAAAUAGCUGAGCCUAUCCGCGCAAUGAUUAGGGAAGGAGGGACCAUGGAGUGGACUGAGGAUAGGGAAGCAGCAGUCCAGACCCUCAAAGACGUCCUGUCUUCCGAUCAGGUCACCUUGGCAGCUCCCUCCUUCAAUGAUGAAGUAGGACGACCCUUUAUCUUGGAAACAGACGGAGGACCUUUGGCAGUACGAGGAGUCCUUAUACAGAGAAGCGAGGAGGGCAAGGAAAGACCUAUCAGAUUUGAAAGCAAGACCCUGAAUUCGGCAGAGCGGCGAUACUCACAAUUCAAGAAAGAAGUUUUAGCCAUCCUACAUUGCCUUAAUACCUUUCAGGCAUACCUGUUCGGAAGACGAUUUAUCCUGAGAAUCCAUCUGACCAAUGUCGCCGGGGCAUUAAAGAACUACAAGCCUAUAGACCCGACCGUUGGGAGAUGGAUAGGCUUUAUAUGGCAAUUCGACUACAAGGUCGAGCGAAUUGCGGGGCUCCGAAAUAGGGCAGACGGGCUAAGUCGGGUUUGCAUCACGCCGGAGGGAGUAGAGGAUGCGGAGCCAAUCGACGCCUUCCUGAAGUACGAAGGGGGAACCCUUGUCGUAGAUAACGAGAUGACGGGCGCUGCUUCUACAACAGGGCAGCUGCUGAUUCAGACCCUAGAAAAGGGCGCGCCCGCCGUAGUUGCGGAACUCAGGGAAGGGCCAGUCACCACGAUUAGACGCAAAGAUGAGAAGGAUUCAUGGGGAGCAACGAUGGGGCCGAAGGAGGAGCUGAUGGCAAUGGCCGUUGAAGGGGGUCGGGAUGCUGUGACGAGUCUGGUAGAAACUUGGACGCGAAGGGAGCUGCAGUGUCUAUUGGACAUAAUCCAGGCGAUGCAUGAUGGGCUAGCCGGAGGGCAUCGGUCGUCCAAAGGGACCCUUGCAAAAAUCGCGCCACUUUACUUUUGGUACAUCCUGGAUGCAAGGGAUAAUCUCAGUGGUUACGUAGAGGCAGUAGCCCUUAAGAGAAAGACGGGGAAGGGAGUGGCCGACUGGAUAGAGGACUUCUACCUAAGGCACCCCUUUGUGCGCAGGUUCAUAGCGGAUAACGAGACGGAGUUUGUAAAUCACGAAGUGCUGAGCAGGUUCAAGACGUUGUGCGUACCUAUCAAAAUCAUCGAGCCAUAUCACCCUGAGGCCGGCGCACCUGUAGAAAGGGGGCACCGGACCUUGAAAAACACAAUCGAUAAAUUAGCGGCAGAUGACCUGGGAAACUGGUCUCGGUACCUUAAGCAGGCGGUCUUCUCUGAGAACAUGACGUCGAAGAGGACAACAGGGUGCAUCCCGGCAGAGCUCUGGUACGGAAGGGAGAUUGAUUUCCCGGUGGAAGCUUUGGUUCCUACCUGGAACAGGCUAGAUGACAAUCCGCACAUGUUUACGGAGGAACUAAUCGUUGCACGAUGCCAACAGGUUGUUAGAAAUGAGGAAGCCUUGGAGGAUGUGGUUAAGCGUGUAAUGGAUAGCCGAAUGAGGGACAAAGCAAGGUGGGACCAGGUCAAGAACAUCCGAAAGGAGCCGCUCCAAGUGGGGGAAAUGGUACUAGUUAGGAACUCGGCGCUUGAAAGCACAUGGUCUGGACAGCUGGGAAAAAGGUUCAAAGGCCCCUACAGGAUCGCUAAGCGGGUGGGACUGAACACUUUUGAACUUGAGGAUCUUGAUGAUACUAGGAUAAAAGGGUCAUUUUCAGAAUAGAGGCUGGUCAGGUUUUUGAGCAGAGAUCCGGUGGAGCAAUUGCUACUGGAGGCUCACGACAAGGAAACAGGGGAAUUGACAACUUGAAAGG